CAAGCUAGUGGCUUUAGCUCAUUAUAGUUUCGGUUCUCCAACAGAAAACAUCUAUUUGUACGACUACCAAAUUUCUAGGACUGAAAAUCCUACUUCCGUAAUCAGGCUAAUAAUAAAAUGUGCAAUCCAGGAAUGUGCUCGAUGCCCGGCACUUGCUGUGGACCGACUGGCGGACUGGGACCCUGCCUGCUCUGCGGACCCUACAAUGGCCAGUGGUUCCGUUCGGUCAACCACUGUUGCGGUCCUUGUGGCCCAUAUGGUUGCUGCUCAUGCUACGGGCCGUAUGGUGGACAUUGUUAGCCUGCUUAGAAGGAAUGUAGGGUUUCUUUAUCCGCGAUCUGGAACAGGAGCUUUAAAGAUUGCAGCCGUGAGGCCUUGUCGAAGAUGAGGAGCCACGCUGAAAAGUUGUCAGGCAAAGUGGAUCCAAAGAUUUGUGUUCGAUGAAAGAUUAUGCCAUCAGAAAUAGAUGUUAAUAAAUUAUACGUAUAAUUC